AGUCCUUGUGUAAGUGUCGCAACAGGACUGUGAAUGCCUGCGCUUAUAGCUGGCGUACCCGCGCUAACACACACACACACACACACACACACACACAAGCGCGCGUUAAACAGGAUCUUUACGAGCAGCAUGCAUUAACUCAGUGUACCAUGUAACUGUGGAUUAGGAGCUGAAGGUACAUGACACAGCAGCUUGGUGGCUCACGGCUUCAGUGAGUGUUUCCUGGCUUGAAUGCGACUCGAUUGCAGCUGGAGCAUGUCCAUUGCAGGCUUGACUGUCCAGGAGAUUUGUUUACCCCCGCAAAGCCUCUUCCUGCAUAGCAGUCAAUGCCAUAGCAUGUCCAGAGCCAAGCCCUCCUGGAAAUGCGACAAUAAUCUUGACAACUUCUACUUCAGUGUUGAGUCCUCUGUAAAUUGCAAUGUCCAAUCAAGGCAACAGGUGCCAUCUUACUUAACAGGAGACAAACACAGAGUCCAUUCCUAUACGCUGCUGAGUCCCGGUGCCCAACCGUUGACUACCAAAAAGUCCCGACCCACUCACCUUUGCAUCCCCUCUCCAUUUGUUUCACACACCCCCAGCCCCAAUGAAGAUGACCAGGUGGUCCCUGGCUUGCAACGUCUCUCUGUAUCUGACCGUAUCUCCCCUCCUCAGACGCCUAGCCGAGCAGCAAAGCCUCUUCCCCCAAUCCCUCGCUCUGUGGACUUAUCUCCUGACCAGACUGUGGACAAUGAGGUUGAGUUCUUUAAUGGAGACGACAGUCGUUGUUUGGUGUCCGAAACGUGUCCAAAACCUUCCCACUUCCGGUAUGGUAUGCAAAGUCGACGAAGCUUUAGAGAGUGCGGACAAAUCAAUUAUGCCUAUUUUGAAGGGCCAGUACCCCAACAGAAAAAGCAACAACAAAAACAACAACAACAACAGCAGCAGCCAAAGAAAAAGCACGAACACGAGUCCCAGGAAAGCCUUCUUCCACAGCAAAGGGAACCGGAUCAACACGAACACUCUCAGCAUCAGCAUAAAGCAACGUGUAUGCGUCAGCGCAAGCUCCGGCGUUCCCAUUCAGGCCCUGCAGGCUCCUACAGCAAACCCUCCACCCUUCGCCCGUCUUGCCAUCACCGGAACACGCAAGACCUGGACAAACCCGAAGUCCCUCCUAGGGUACCCAUUCCCCCACGGCCUAUCAAAACCGGUGAUUACCGUCGCUGGUCAGCAGAGGUCACUGCUGGGACAUGUAGCGAUGAUGACCGACCUCCCAAAGUACCCCCUAGAGAACCUCUGUCCAGCGGCACAAGCCCUAAGAGCCUUCCUAUUUACCACAACGGGGUCAUGCCUCCAACCCAGAGCUUUGCCCCAGACCCCAAAUACGUGAGUCGAGGACUGCGGAGGCAGAACAGCGAAGGAUCCCCGUGCAUUUUACCCAUCAUGGAAAACGGCAGGAAGGCCAGCACUACGCACUACUUCCUGCUCCCGCAGCGGCCCACGUAUCUGGACAAGCACGAGAAAUACUUUGUGGACAGUGCUGUGAAUCGAAAGACUGAGGCAUCAGGCUCCAGUUUGGACUGGUCAUGUGACAGCAAGAAGAAAACACACUCGGAGCUUGUAUAAGGUGAAGGAAAUAUAGGUUAUAGGACAUGGACAAUGCCUCAUUUUGUGAGCACCAAGAUGACUCUGCUUCUGUUCCUGAGCAGUUGUUAUAAUUGUUAUAGUUAUACCCUGAAAACUAGGGUAAGUUCCAUACAACCUGCAGUUACAGACGUUUUUUGUCGCAUUGUUGCUGUUCACCAAAACUGAGGCAAAAUGGCGGUGCUGCUCCGAAGGCACCGGUCACUCAAUAACAUCCCAGAACGAUUAUUCUUUAUACAUUUAUUAGCUCAUUGUUCAUUGUUUAAAGUGUUUAAAAUGCAGAUUAUGGUGCAGUCGAUGGGUAUGAGCUGGUCUGGUACCUCAUUUUAUUCAGUGUUUAUUUUCUUUCUUUUUUUUUCUUUAACAGACUAUGUUGCUAGUAGUCAGGUAUUGUUUUUGUAGAUUGCUGCUUCUGUGGCCAGCGGCGAGCCUCAGAGCCUCGCAGGUCAAACUCUGGAGGGAUGCUGAGUCAGUAGAGGAUCUGUUCAGUUUGUGUUGAACAUUUGAAAUAUGAAGUAAGCCAAGGCCAAGUUAUUUUUGUGGCUGGAUUGAAGGAUAUUCCAUAUGAAACCUGACUGUUCCAUUGUGAAUAAAUAGGCAUGAAGUUGGAAAUGUAUGCUGUUUAGACUCCUGGAUCAUUAGUGCUCUUAGAUCUUGUAUGGAAACUGUGUAUGUAUAUGUGUAUGUAUGUGUAUGUAUGUGUGUGUGUGUGUGUGUGUGUGUGUGUGUGUGUGUGUGUGUGUGUGUGUGAGAAAGAAAAAAUGCAUACAAAUGGCCCAUUUUUGAGGCAUACCUUUGAUUGUAAAAACUGCAAUGUGCAUGUUACAUAGGAACCGCUUAAAUGUAGCAUUUGUGUUCAUCGUCAUGCAUGGACGAUAUUUGUGAUUUUUUAUUCAGUGCUUCAAAUUCAGGAAAUGCACCCACAAUAUAUAUUUUUUUGGUCUGAAAACAGGCAUAACACAAGCUAAACGGCGCUGAUUAAAUGCAGUCGCUGUAAGUAUUCUUCAUAGAGUAUGCAAACACUAUUAGAGCUGAUGGUCCCUUAUAAACCUGGUUUUUUGGUUGAUGACGUACAAACCUGGCCUGUGUACGCAGGAGCUCCUCUUUAGCAUUCCUGUUUUAAAUACUACCUCUGGUUUUAAUUUUUGGGGCAAUCAAAAUAAAUGUUUUGAUGUGUUGCUCAUUACAAAAUGAAUCAAAUAAAAAAGAAGCCAAAAUACAAAAACCUGCAAUCCUUUUGAAAUCGGCCUCUCGAAUUUCCACGAAACGAGUUGAGAUUCUGUUGAAAGGCCCAACCCCUGCAUAUUUGCGUGUCGCAAAAAAAAAAACAUAUACACGAAUAAAUUCCUGUUUUUUAAACUUGCUUUCUAGCCAUCGUCUUUGAAAAUCUGUGAACAAGCUGUAAGAGUUGUGAAUAGCCCAAUCCUACCUCCCAUAAUGGGAAAUAAAAAAUCAUUCUCUUUAUUAAUAUCUCAUUAUCUCACAUCGAUAACGCAUUACUGUACUCAUUAGUUCGAGCGAAUCGCUUUACUGUUCAUCUGAAGCCGUUUCCUCAAGAAUACCAUUAGCUUCAAAUUUUUGAUUACACAGUCAUGACCACUCACAAAGACACUCAUCUGUUGUGAAAGAAAACUUGUCCAAAAGCUGUAUUUAAACCCGUAUACGCUCAGCUCCGUACACGUCUAAUACAAUCGGCCCCGACUCGAAACAAAACAGACUUUCCUGUUCCUUGUACAUGCAUACCUAUCAGACAUGAUUUCUGUGGGUGUGGCGUGAGCCUCGGAGACUUUGGCUGCUGGCAGCGGGUAAAUGAGAUGUUUUAUUGUUAUAUAUUGUUAUAUAAUGGUUAUACACCAUUGUGAUUACUCAGUAAAUGUAGCAGGUGCAUCAUAGUUACCUUGAAAAUAAUGAUUUAAAAAAAAAAACAACAAAAAAAGUGAGCUAAGAGGUCAAUCAUCUACGCAGAAAUCGGGAACAUUAUGUAACUGAUGCCACUUUUUUAUAUCGUUUUUUUUUUGUAUUGUCCGUCGUUUAUUUUUUUUUAUUUUUUUCUUAUUGGUCGUUGUUGUUGAUGCUCUUUUUUUUUUUUUACAAAAUUCAUUUAUCACAAAAAAUGUUUACAUUGUACUAUUUAAUCUUUGACUUGUUUCCUGUGUCUUAUCCGAAAGAAAUGAAGGCGAGAUCAAGAAGAAAUGAUUGAUGUUUCUCUACUGUCGUGUGGAACGAGCGAAAAAAUGCACUGAGAGAGAGCAGUAUAUUGUAAUGUCUCGAAGUAUUUAACACAGUCCUCUUAGCUACACUGAAUAGUGCUGUGUGCAGUAUAGAUCCUGAAGGGAAAAAAAAAAAAGAAGAAAAUAAACACUUAUUUAUGAA